CAUACAGGACUUUUGAGAGACGAAACUCUUGUUCUCCGGCAACUCCUCGGAUACAGCGAUGUCGAUUCAGCAGCACCAAGUUUUCAACCAGAAAGCCUUGGUGAUAGGCUACAGCGAUCUUCUAUGAGGGAUGUUCUCUUCGUUGGGCUUGAUAUUGACACAUAUCAAGGAUACGACCAGCUUAUUGGAGACCAACAGCUCCAUAUUGGAGUCUCAAUAUUAGACACAAGGGUUCUAGAAGACAUGCUUUUAAACCCAACUGCAGCAAAUUAUCAAGAAGCUAUAACAUCAUAUCAGUUCACAGUAGGAGAGUCAGCUUAUUGUAAAAGGGCAUCAAAAAACUUUCUCUUCGGCUUAUCACAACCUAUUAGCAUUACUGAGCUUAAACCGAAAAUAGAUGCUCUACUAUCAAAAAGGGACUAUAUUCUUGUCCUUCACGGUACACACUCAGACUUUAAGAUUCUUCAGCAUCUUAAAAUUGAUCUCCCAGCCCAAUCACUUUACGUUGUUGAUACCAACAAGGCUGCACAGUCUCCUCUUAAGCUAUAUUAUCGGUAUAGCUUAGAGAAGUUACUUGAAGCAUUACAAAUACCCUAUGCAAACCUGCAUGCUGCUGGAAACGAUGCUCACUAUUGUCUACGAGCACUACUUAUGAUAGCGGUAUUUGACGCUGAACGCUAUCCGUCAGAACAGUAUAAAGCGUUACUACACCUGUUCAGAGCUACAGCGCAGGCACCUCGGCCAUUAACCCGAGGCGAAAUUUGGCAAAUGGAAGAACCUCAACGCGAAGCCCAUCGAGAAGCAAAAAGCCAGUCAAGGUCCAGAAGAAAAGCCAAACGGGCGGCCAGGACUAACAGAAGACUACUCGAAAGGUUG